GGAAGAGGAAGGGAUCAGCCAUCUUCGUGAGGUCGAAAUCCGGAGCGCAGGGGUAAUAUAUUUGGUAUUUAUGAAUCAUUUAUUUCAGCGUUACUGAACUCUGACAGAAAGGCGUAGCCGCAAACUGGAACUUGCCUCAUAUCCACGACGUUUGAAACAGAUGCCAAGACAUUGCUCAGCAGGCGGCUGCAAAUCUCGGGACAACCGUGAGACUCGUAAUGCUGGUAUUACCUUUCACAAAUUACCUAAAGGAGCUCCUCGGAGGAACCUUUGGAUCACCAACUCCCACCGCGCAGACUGCUGGGACCCUCAGACCGACUUUGUCUACUUCUGCUCGAAACACUUCACCCCGGAGAGCUUUGAACUGACUGGAUGCAGUGGGAUCAGGAGACUAAAGGAAGAUGCAUUUCCCACCGUAUUUGAUUCCUCUUCAACAACCAAAUGCAAAAGAGCCGGAACGUCACAGACACAAGAAGACAUUGCUGUCAGAAAGAGUCCCCGCUUAGAGGACCAGGAGACGGAUCGGGGUGAAACGUCAGAAGAACCCACAGUUCAGAGGUCUGUGGUGACAGCUGAGGAGACUAAUGAAAACAUCUCUGCAUCUUCUCCAGAGCCCUCAGGGGUGAAGCAGCCCUUGCAGCAAGAAUGUAGUCCGUCACCAGCUCCAGUGUCUCGUCCCCUCUCCCCAUCACAUUACAUGAGGCGUUUGCCCCCUCCUCCGGGCUUCUACCUGCCGAAAGAACACAGCUAUGCUCAGCUCUGCCCGCUGCUGUGGAGGAGACGUUACGACCAGGCUAUUGACUACUUGGAGAAGGCCCUGCGACAAUUGCAUGCGGCCAGGCGGAGGGAGAACCGCUUGCGCAGCACUGUCUUGAGGCUACGUGAUAAACGGCUAAAGCACACUCUACUAGAUGGCAGCAAAAACAGGGAGGGCUGGACAUCAGGGGGGGAGAAGAGACAAGGCAAAGGAGGUUCUAACCAGGAGGAGAGUGGGACUGAUGCUAAAUCUGAGGAUACAGGUUUGUUUGAGGACAGAUGUGUGGAUCAUAUUGAGUUGGGGGAACAUUUUCUUCCAGACACCAACAGCUGGUCUGAGGAGGAGAGGGGAUACUGCUUUUACUGUGGAAAAGGGCAGGUGCAGGUUGGUGGUCAGGUAGCAAACAAAGUUUCAACAACUGGGAAAGACCAGCCCACAAUGCAUGAGGAUCCUCUGACGUAUCAGAGAAGCAUUAAAACCAGUACUUGUGGCACAGCUAAAAAUGCCAAAGACAUUCAAAUAGUCAGGUUGGAAAGACCACCUGGGAAAAGUCCAAAGUCCCAAGUACUGCUCCAGACUCAACAUCUUCACCAGGUGCUCCCUGGUGGAGUGUCGCUGUCUGAUGUUCAUGAGGAGAGUUUGCAGUUUUGCGGCUCUCAGGAGAAGCUGCUGCUCUCUGAUCUUUCUGUGUGUGAAGGGGAGACUGAGGCUAUGGGUCAGGAGCAUCACCUAGACCUGCAGCAGCAGCUGUUUUGGAUACGGGACAGUGAUGAGCGACAGGUCAUUCUGGUACCUGUCCUUGCUGAAGAUGGAAUACAAAGUUAUCUCAAGAUGGAGGAAGUCUCUGAUGAAGCACAAACCCUACUUGUGUCAGAACUGGAUCUUAAAGGAGACUUGGAGCACAUGACCGAGAACAGUGGACUUCUGUCCAGAGAUGGAAAAGCAUUUGAUGAUGACCACAGUGACCAGCAUUCUAUUAUCAACUCUACUCUGGUGGAAAUAGGAGAAAAUGUGAGGGAGAAACUUAAAGAACACCUGGAGGGAUUUCACCUCCAGCUGAGCACCGAGUUUAUAAACUGACUGGACAUUCUGAAUGAGUCCUUUUUUGUGUCAUUUUUCCCAGUCUUAGUUGGAUAUGCUAUGUGGUGUUUAGAAACACCACCUGACAAUCAGCUCAGCAGUCAGACAUGGUGGUGUUGUAAAGCAACACAUCUUUGAAGAUGCUUUAGAGAUAUAUCAAGUGCUUAGUCACUUCAGAAAGGGGCAAAUCAAUGGCUACAUGAGUGCUUUUAUAUGCCGAGCCAAACCAACAGAGAAUAUAUUCUACUACCAAGUAUUGUCUUCAUUAAAGCAUGAUAUAUCUUCUUAUAGCUCCAUUGUUGUUCAAAAAUGAUUUUAAAACACAUUGAGUCACAUUUUUGCAUACACAAUGAAACUCAGUAGGAGCCAGUGGGGUUGGAGUUGGAGACGCACAGAGUAAAAGUUACAAGUACUAACGCAUUGUUGGUUUUGGACUUGGACUUGACACUUUCAUUUUUUAUAGUUCAUUUUUUUUUAUUUUUCAAACAAAGAUACAAUUGGUAAAAGAACCACAUGACUAAUUGAUAACUGAAAUGGCAAUAGAUGAAGCUAUAUCUCUGGAAUAAAGGGAUAAAUAA